GGGAGAUACCCAGACAGUGGCAACGCUGAACAUCGACAAAACACGGACGAGAAAUUUAAUUGCUGCUAAAUAAAAAAAAUAUACAGAAACAAAUAAUGGCUGAGGAUUUUGACAUCGAAGCAUUGCUUGAGGCACCAUACAAUAGAAUUGUUGAUAAACCAGCAACUGCAUCGAUCGAAAACAGCCGAGAAAAGCAAUUUUCAGAACAUAACGAGUCUCGAAGCAGACAUCGUAUGGCUACAAAUGCUGGUAAUUCAAGGGAUAGUGACACAGAAUUCAAAGAUGAUCAUCAUGCGAGAAACCGAAGUUCGACCAAGUCCAUCGACUCGGAAUAUUCGGAUGAUGAUAGUGAAGGCUCUCAACGAAUGUUUAGCCCAGUUUAUUUCAGAAGAUCAACUGAACGUACCUAUUAUAGCCCAAAUUACUGUCCAUGGUCGCGAAAUACAUCGUCUGAACGGGAAAAUUCCGAAUAUUCAUACAAUAUCAAUGCAAAUAAAUCAAGUUCAGCACCAGAGGAUGCCAAUAAUACUGAUAAAUCGUCGCCGAUUCACGUUUCGAGCAACGGAAAAAAGCGCGAAAAUGGAAAGCAUCGGUCCAGAAGUCGGUCCCGCUCAAAGGAUAAGGAGAAGGAACGCGAACGAAAACGUUCAGACCGUGACAAAGAAAAAGAAAAAGACAAAGAAAAGAAGUCUUCGAGAAGAGAAAGAAGUCGAUCGAAGGAGAAGAAGCGCUCAAAAUCCAAAGAUCGAGAACGCGAAAGAGAUAAAGAUAAGGACAAGGAAUCGCGUCGGCGUAGUCGAUCCCGUAGCAAAGAUAAAGAUAAAGAUAAAAAGAGAAGCAAGUCAGGGGAUAGAAAACGAAGCAAAUCGCGGGAAAAACGAGUUCGUUCCAAGUCACCAAAGGAGCGCGAACGUGGUGAUCGGCAUCGCCCGGACAGAGACAGAAAAAGAGAACGAUCGCGGAGCAAAGAGCACAGACGACGUCGUUCAAAGUCACCAGACAGACGAUUCCGACGUGGAAGAACGCCACCAAAUUCAGCAAGUCGAGCUAAAAUUUUUUCCAGGUAUUCUCGUUCCGACGACGAAAUCGAUCUUGAAGAACGAGAUGCACGCACAAUUUUCUGCAUGCAACUAUCACAACGAGUACGUGCUCGUGAUUUGGAAGAGUUCUUUUCCAGCGUUGGCAAAGUGCGUGACGUCCGCCUAAUCACAUGCAACAAAACCAAACGGUUCAAGGGAAUUGCGUACAUUGAAUUCAAGAAUUCUGAAUCCGUAUCACUGGCUCUUGGUUUGAGUGGUCAAAAAUUGCUCGGUAUUCCAAUUUCGGUGCAACACACACAAGCGGAAAAGAAUCGCACUCAACCACAGGCAGUGGCCCAACAGCAACAGCAGCAAGUCAAGAAUAACAUCGGUCCGAUGCGUUUGUACGUUGGAUCGCUACAUUUCAACAUAACCGAGGACAUGUUGCGUGGCAUCUUUGAGCCAUUCGGUAAAAUUGAUAGCAUUCAAUUGAUCAUGGAUUCAGAAACGGGCCGAUCAAAGGGAUAUGGUUUCAUUACGUUCCACAAUGCAGAUGAUGCGAAAAAGGCUCUGGAGCAGUUGAAUGGAUUUGAAUUGGCUGGACGACCGAUGAAAGUUGGAAAUGUGACCGAGCGUAUGGAAGUGAAUACAACAGCUUCGCUUGAUACCGAUGAAAUGGAUCGUUCUGGCAUUGAUUUAGGUGCUACUGGUCGACUUCAGCUGAUGUUUAAAUUGGCCGAAGGUGCUGGUUUAGCUGUACCACAAGCAGCUGCAAAUGCAUUGCUUGCAACCGCUCCACAGCCACAAGUUCAACAACAAGUUGCUCCACCCAUUGCUACGCAGUGCUUCUUGCUGUCAAACAUGUUCGACCCGUUGACCGAAACCAAUCCACAAUGGGACAUUGAAAUACGUGACGAGGUGGUUGAAGAAUGCCAGAAACAUGGCGGCAUCUUGCAUGUCUACGUCGACAAAGCGUCACCAGGAAAUGUUUAUGUCAAGUGUCCUAGUAUAGCGACAGCUGUACUGGCUGUGAAUGCACUGCAUGGUCGAUGGUUUGCUGGCCGCGUUAUCACCGCCGCAUACGUACCACUGAUCAAUUAUCAUGCUCUAUUCCCCGAUGCCGCCACUGCAGCCAAUCUACUUCAAACGUCGACACAAGCAUAAAAUCUCCCCUGGUUUCCCUUUCUGAUUAUUUUGCGCUCUGUUUCUUUGUUAUGAAUCAUUUCGAUUGUAAACUGGAAAUGAAAUUAAAUGGUCACCAACGGUUUUUUUCCCUCUUUAGUACACAGCAACGUAGAAGUAAGCAUUUUACGCGAUUAAGUUUUAAUUAGAAAGAGAAAAGGAGGAAGGAAAAAGCAACACAUUUUUAGUGCUUGGACUUUGGCACAUUUCUGGACAUGAUUGGAUUUUUUCCCAAACAUUUUGAAAGAAAAACUCGACAAACACAAAUAAUCUGUAGAAAUUUGAACUCACUUCCCAAUGAAUUAGGCCAUAUAUUCAAUUACCAAAAUCAAAAUUUAUCCAAAAUUCGUACCGAUUGUUUUGAUUCAUUUUUUUUUAAAUGGUUAAUAAACAGUAUAAAUGAUAAGGUCAAUAAAAUACA